CACUCAGAUCCAUCCUGGGGACCAGUGCAGGAGCGGUCCUCGCAGCACCCAGCUUCUGCCCAGGCUCCCGCUUCUUCUUUGCCGCUGGGCCUCGGCCCAGGAGCCACGACGGGCGACACGGAGCCGCCAGUGCUGGAGGGGGAGCCGUGGGUGCGGGGCAGCGUGGGGGCAGAGGCCCCGGGACGCCCGCCCGGCCCCAGGCCCCGCUCCGCCCGGGCGCCCCAACGGGUGCCCCCCCCUUCCUGGUCCGAGCAGUGUGAGUGUGCCCGGGAGCCCGGCGGUGGCAGCGGCGGCGGCGUGGAAACCGGCGUGGGCUGGGGGGUCCGAGCCGCGGGGGGCAGUGCCAUGCACAAGCACCAGCUCUGCUGUAAGUGCCCCGAGUGCUACGAGGUGACCCGCCUGGCCGCCCUGCGGCGCCUCGAGCCUCCCAGCUACGGGGACUGGCAAGUACCCGACCCCUACGGGCCAGGUGGGGGCAAUGGAGCCAGUGCCGGUUAUGGGGGCUACAGCUCGCAGACCCUGCCCUCGCAAGCGGGGGCCACCCCCACCCCCCGCACCAAGGCCAAGCUCAUCCCCACCGGCCGGGAUGUGGGACCAGUGCCCCCUAAGCCAGUCCCGGGCAAAAGCACCCCCAAACUCAACGGCAGCGGCCCCAGCUGGUGGCCGGAGUGCACCUGUACAGGCCGGGAUUGGUAUGAGCAGGUGAAUGGCAGCGAUGGCAUGUUCAAGUAUGAGGAGAUAGUCCUUGAGCGGGGAAAUUCUGGCCUGGGCUUCAGCAUUGCAGGUGGCAUCGACAACCCCCAUGUCCCCGAUGACCCUGGAAUCUUUAUUACCAAGAUUAUCCCUGGUGGAGCAGCUGCCAUGGAUGGGAGGCUGGGGGUGAAUGACUGUGUGCUGCGGGUGAAUGAAGUGGACGUGUCAGAGGUGGUGCACAGCCGGGCCGUGGAGGCACUGAAGGAGGCUGGCCCUGUGGUGCGGUUGGUGGUACGGAGGCGACAGCCUCCACCAGAGACCAUCAUGGAGGUCAAUCUGCUCAAAGGGCCCAAAGGCCUCGGUUUCAGCAUUGCUGGGGGGAUUGGCAACCAGCACAUCCCAGGAGACAAUAGCAUCUACAUCACCAAGAUCAUCGAAGGGGGUGCUGCUCAGAAGGAUGGACGCCUACAGAUCGGGGAUCGGCUGCUGGCGGUGAACAACACCAAUCUGCAGGAUGUGAGGCAUGAGGAAGCUGUGGCCUCACUGAAGAACACGUCUGAUAUGGUCUAUCUGAAGGUGGCCAAGCCAGGCAGCCUCCACCUCAACGACAUGUACGCACCCCCCGACUAUGCCAGCACUUUUACUGCCUUGGCUGACAACCACAUAAGCCAUAACUCCAGCCUGGGUUAUCUUGGGGCUGUGGAGAGCAAGGUCAGCUACCCUGCUCCUCCUCAGGUUCCGCCCGCCCGCUACUCUCCUAUCCCUAGGCACAUGCUGGCUGAAGAGGACUUCACCAGGGAGCCCCGCAAGAUCAUCCUGCACAAGGGCUCCACAGGCCUGGGCUUCAACAUCGUUGGGGGUGAGGAUGGAGAGGGCAUUUUUGUCUCCUUCAUCCUGGCAGGAGGCCCAGCUGACCUGAGUGGGGAGCUGCGCAGGGGAGACCGGAUCUUAUCGGUCAAUGGUGUGAACCUGAGGAAUGCAACUCACGAGCAGGCUGCAGCUGCUCUGAAACGGGCUGGCCAGUCAGUCACCAUUGUGGCCCAGUACAGACCUGAAGAGUACAGUCGCUUUGAAUCGAAGAUCCAUGACUUGCGAGAACAGAUGAUGAACAGCAGCAUGAGCUCUGGGUCUGGGUCCCUGCGAACAAGUGAGAAGAGGUCCUUGUAUGUGAGAGCCUUGUUUGAUUAUGACCGGACUCGGGACAGCUGCCUGCCAAGCCAAGGCCUCAGCUUCUCCUAUGGUGACAUUCUACACGUCAUUAAUGCAUCUGAUGAUGAGUGGUGGCAGGCGAGACUGGUGACCCCACAUGGAGAAAGUGAGCAAAUCGGUGUGAUCCCCAGUAAGAAGAGGGUGGAAAAGAAAGAAAGGGCUCGACUGAAAACCGUGAAGUUUCAUGCCAGGACGGGGAUGAUUGAAUCUAACAGGUCGAUCAAAACGAAACGUAAAAAGAGUUUCCGCCUCUCUCGAAAGUUUCCAUUUUACAAGAGCAAAGAAAACAUGGCCCAGGAGAGCAGCGGACAGGAACAAGGACAGGAGGAUGCUAUUCUGUCAUAUGAGCCAGUGACACGGCAAGAAAUUCACUAUGCAAGGCCUGUCAUCAUCCUGGGCCCCAUGAAGGACAGAGUCAACGAUGACCUAAUUUCGGAAUUUCCACAUAAAUUUGGAUCCUGUGUACCACAUACUACCCGGCCUCGGCGUGAUAAUGAGGUGGAUGGGCAAGACUACCACUUUGUGGUCUCCCGAGAACAGAUGGAGAAGGAUAUUCAGGACAACAAGUUCAUUGAGGCAGGCCAGUUCAACGACAAUCUCUAUGGGACCAGCAUCCAGUCAGUGAGGGCAGUUGCGGAGAGGGGCAAGCACUGCAUAUUAGAUGUUUCUGGCAAUGCUAUCAAGAGGCUGCAGCAGUCGCAACUUUACCCCAUUGCCAUUUUCAUCAAGCCCAAGUCCAUUGAAGCACUUAUGGAAAUGAACCGAAGGCAGACAUAUGAACAAGCAAAUAAGAUCUAUGACAAAGCCAUGAAACUGGAGCAGGAGUUUGGAGAAUACUUCACAGCCAUUGUACAGGGUGACUCACUGGAAGAGAUUUAUAACAAAAUCAAACAAAUCAUUGAGGACCAGUCUGGGCACUACAUUUGGGUCCCAUCCCCUGAAAAACUCUGAAGAAUCCCCUCCAACCAUUCUCUUGUGAGCAGAAGAAAUCAAGUCCCUCUUCCCUCCUCCCUCUUCAUUCCUGUCCCCACGGGGAGAACAAAUGACUACUGUUCUUGUCCCCUUUUUUAGAUAUGUCCAAAAAUUAAGUUUUCUAGUCCUGUUCUGUUUUUUUAAAUUUUUGUUUUGUUUCAGUUUAAUUUUGGGAUGAUGCCAUCUCACUCAUCAUGUGACUGUGCCCAUGCCUGCAUGAACCUUUCCCAAGCACUAGCACAGGUGCAAAUCCAUCAGAGUCAUUGUUUUCAUAAAAACCAAGCAGAAGAGAAGAGAGGAGGACUGAUGGAAAGACAGACUGGACGGCUGCGCGGCUUGUGAAGUGAGCCCUUCACACCACAUGAGGAGAGGCUCCCGGGCUUUGCUACGAUCUGUAUGUGGCCUUGCGGCUCAGGACGGCGCGGUGUCAUGGCGACAGAAAGUAUCUUAUUUAUAUAUAGAUAUAUAUAUGUAAUUUAUAUAAAAUAUAUAGAAAUUAUUAUAUAUAUAUAUUAUACUCUCUCAUAUAAUAUAUAUAUAUAUUCACACGCAUUUGGACUAGAAAAUCUAUGGAGACUUCAUCAAUGGUACUGUGUUAUUAGAGAAAUGCUUUAAUUUUCAUAUUCUAAUCAGAUGGCAUCUUAUAUCCCAACUGGUUGGGGAGGAAGUGAAAGUGGUAGUAAGUGCUGGACUGAGGGCACCCACAUUGGUCAUUCCCUUGAGAGCUAGGCUUUUCUCUAGGAGGGAUCAGCCAGAGGACAGUGAGAAAGGGCUUUUGCCCAGGGGUCAGAUGCUUGGAGCCGUGACCCAAGAGCUGAUGCUGCCCUCAGGGCAAGUCAGGCCCGCAUGUGGGGAGCCAGAGAAUGGCUAACGGUGCUCCUGCCAUAUUAAAUUGCUGAUUGUUUUAUGCCACCUGAUGUGUCUGCAUGAGAGGUUUCCUUUUUGUUCAUUUUUAAGCUGCUGUUAAACCAAAACCAUGUUGUGCUACUGUGUCAGCCUUUUCAUUCUUCCAAAUUUUACUUUUAAUAUUUAAGUGAAUGCGUAGAAUCCAAUUUGACUGUGUUCUAAAGGCUCAUAAUGUUCUGGAAGAGCCGGACCUCGUGAUAGACUACGUGACCCAGGUUGGGCCGUCCCAUCAGCAGAAGGGGGAGCAGGUGAGAACUUGACAGGAGCCGGGGCUCCUAUUGUGUCCCUUCACUCACCUGCCAGGGACGUGCUGGGCUCAGCUGAGGCCCUGUCAUGGGGCCCGCUGGCAGGGAUGGGGAGUCACUUGCUGUCCAGCCCUGUGCUGGGACAGUGGGAGAGCCCUGAGCUUGGCCAGCCGCGUGAUGAAAAGUUUGAUUUGGGUUUUUUCCACAGCUGCUUCAUAUGCCCUACCUACCCCACCCCCUCAGUAAAAGCUGGUAGCUUAUUGUUUCUUCAAGAAAGUAGACUUUUAAUGCUGUCAGUUUGAGCUAUAGAGCUAAGAUUCACUUACUGUUGAGAUGUGAAGCUUUGUUGCUUUUUCCCAGAGUCAUACGGCGGUGAUUGUGGUCAAGGGGCUUUUUUUCUCUGACCACAGAUGCAGGCAGCAGGUAUGGCUCAGGCCCCAUGCCACCCUCCUGUGCUCCUUUGAAGCCACCAUACCUCCCUCAGCUCCACACUGGAGGCACAACACAGGGGAGGAGAGAGUGGAUACGCUCAGCCCUAGGGUUGAGCCUGUUGUUUCGUAGCCCGCUAUGUCACAACCACUGCAAACGACACAUGUUGAAGAUGCUUUGAGUGCUACCAUCCAAACUUAGGCAAUCUGUUAACAGUUCUCCUACCAGCACGACUAGGCUAAGUGUAAAGUCUGGGGCCCAGAGUGUGGGUGAAGAAAGGGUGGCAGCUUUCCCUGGGCAGUGCACUGGAUUGAAGGCAGGAGGGGUGAAGUGGUGGCCGAUGAUGACUCUGGUGAGGAGGGGGUAAGCUGGGAAUGUUGUUGAUUUCUCUGAUGUGAAGUGAUGUAGUCUGAAUGAUGCUCAACCCUCUACCCCUCCCAGGGAAGAAAAGCAGAGAUUCAAAGCAAGCAUGACACUAGUUGGUUGACCAGUGUUCCUUCCAAGGAGACAUAUAUUUUUUAAUAAAUGAUAGUUGCGAUGAA